AUGGACAGAAUAGCGAAAUGGUGUCUGAAAAUGUCGUAUUUUUACGGACGUGUCACCGGUGUACUGAACUUUGAGAUUGAUUUACGAACGGGUCGACCGGAGGUCACUAGGAGAGCUACAAUAUGGGCAGCUGGCUUGCAUUCAGUUAUGUUCGUCUUACUUAUUUACCACUCAAUGACUAGAAAUGUUAUGAGUAAUACUUGGAAAAGUGCUAAUUAUCUACACGAAUACGUUUUCAUGGUCAUAGCCAGUUUUCGGAUAGUUUGUGUUCUCCUGGCUUUGCUCAGUCGGUGGUCUCAACGUAGGACAUUUAUUCGGAUCUUCAACUCAUUCCACCGUCUUUUUCAGCAUAAUCCAGAUAUAAUCAAGUACUGUCAUAGAAGUAUUGUUAGCAAAUGCUUGUGUGUCACGAUGGUGGAGACGUUACAGCUCAUUGUUAUCCUUGCUCUUAUGGGAAAUCGGUUAACACUUUUUUUGGGCUUACGCAUUUGGGCCAUAUCGUGCCUAACGGCCAUUAUGAACGUGAUCAUUACGCAGUUUUUCAUAGCCAUGGCAAUUAUUCGAGGGCGAUAUAUCCUGAUAAAUAAGGAUCUUCAAGCAAUUAUUGCCGAAACCCAAGCGCUGGUUCCCAACGGGAGUGGACUUUUUGGUAGCAAAAGUUGCCUUCUCGCCGAUCGCCUGGAGAGGAUCGCCCGGAGUCAAUCUGACCUACAAGAGCUCAUCGAACAGUUGUCGAAAGCCUACCAAGGAGAAGUCGUCUGCAUGUCCAUCAGUUACUAUCUAAACGCGGUGGGAAGCGUUUACCUAUUGUUUAGCUUGCACAAGUAUGGAGGAUCAACGGAUAAUUGGCCAAUGCUCAUUACAGUUUCAAGCGCAGCCUACUUCCUCUUUUACUAUCUCGAUUGCUGGCUAAACUGUUUUAACGUGUUUUACCUUCUGGACACACACAAUAACAUGGUCAAAUUAGUGAGUAAAUGGACUCUCUUUCAGCCAGGCUUGGAUAGUACACUUGAAAGCGCUUUCGACAACUUUAACUUGAACUUGGCGAGAAAUCCUCUAAAGCUGCAAUUCUAUGGCCUAUUCGAAAUCGAUCGGGUGUCGUCAUUUGCUUUGGGAAACUCUUUGCUAACACAUUCCUUACUUCUAAUUCAAUAUGAUAUAGAACAUACCUAA